AUCCUCAGGCGUGGGUGGAGCCUGGACUUUGCGUCAUGACGUAUGUGGCGGGAGAAGUGACGGCCUGUUUCCUUGUUUGUGACGCAGCGCGGGAGAUUCGGAGAGAGAACCUCGAGACGAGUGUGGAUCUGUAAAUUCUGAAAAUAUUGUACUCGGUACUUUUGUCUAGUCAUUUGUCGGCUACCUGGACAAAAUGCCCUGUGAGAGGAAGCCCAUACGUUACGCUCAUGCCGAGGGACACACUGAGGUCUGCUUUGAUGAAGAAGGGAAGUUUAUCGUUACCUGUGGCAGUGACGGAGAUGUUCGGAUAUGGGAGAGUCUGGACGAUGACGACCCCAAGUUCAUCACAGUCGGUGAUAAGGCUUACUCUCUGGCCCUCAGGAACAACAAGCUGGUUACUGCGACGUCUAACAACACGGUUCAGAUCCACACAUUCCCUGAUGGCGAUCCAGAUGGGAUCCUGACUCGCUUCACCACCAACGCGACCCACGUCACCUUCAACAGCACAGGCUCCCGAUUGGCUGCCGGGUCCAGUGAUUUCAUGGUAAAAGUGAUUGAAGUGUUGGAUAGCAGUCAACAGAAAACACUCCGAGGCCAUGAAGCUCCUGUGCUUGGCGUCACAUUUGACCCCAAAGAUGAAUUUGUGGCAUCGUCCAGCUGUGACGGUUCUGUGGUGGUGUGGAACAUUGAGGAGCAGACUCAGGUGGUCAGUUGGCCUUUGCUGCAAAAGACCAGUGAUGUCAGCAGUGCAAAGUCUCUGUGUCGACUGUCCUGGCAGCCAGUGAUGGCAAAGCUUCUAGCGGUUCCUGUUGACACAAAGGUGCAUCUGUAUGAGCGAGGUUCCUGGGACCAUGUUAUCACUCUGUCUGAUGGCCUGAUCACAAAGCCCAUUAAUGCUGUGAGUUGGUCUCCAUGUGGACAGUUCCUGGCAGCUGGAUGUGUGGCGGGAUUAUUGACAGUUUUUGACGUAACCACUAAAAUGUGUUUGGAAAGGCAGAAACAUGAGAAAGGCUUCAGUGUGUGCUCUCUGGCCUGGCAUCCCUCAGGCACACAGAUCGUCUACUCCGACACCAUGGGCUGUUUGGGUCUGCUGGACGACCUCAGCUUCUCCAACUCUACCUCUAAAAGCACAGCCAAGCCUCCAUCAAAGAAACCAGCCAAUGACUACGAUGAUUUGUUUGAUGAGGAUGAUGAUGAUAGAGUCAUGGAUGAAGGUCUCAGUGACACCAAGUCCCCACUUAAAAAACAUGCUGCUGCUGAGGCGGAUGAGUAUGACGAUGAUGACUUCAUGCCUCUGACUGGGCGUGUGAAGAACAGGGGGGCCAUCCUGGACGAUGACAACUCACUGGAUACAGGAUCCUUGAAGUUUGGACAGGACAAAUUUGGUGAUAAAGAUGAUGAUGAUGAUGAUGAUGAUGAUGGAGGCAGUUUAGUGGCAGCCCCGUCUGUCCCCCUGGUGCCUCUGCAGCCUGUUUAUGAUGGGCCCUUACCAACACCUCCCCAAAAGGCCUUUCAGCCAGGCUCCACCCCUGCACAUCUCGCACACCGCUUCCUGAUGUGGAACUCUGUUGGAAUUGUACGUGGAUAUAACGAUGAGCAGGACAACGCCAUUGACGUGGAGUUCCACGACACAGCUGUGCACCACGCCAUGCACCUCACCAACUCUCUGGGUCACACCAUAGCCGAUCUUUCCCAGGAGGCCGUGCUGCUGGCCUGUGCCGGCACAGACGAGCUGGCCAGUAAGCUCCAAUGCCUCCACUUCUCAUCAUGGGACACCAAUAAAGAGUGGAUGGUGGACCUGCCCAAGGGUGAGGAUGCUAAGGCUGUUUGUCUGGGUCAGGGCUGGGCGGCGGUGGCCACCAGCGCACUCGUGAUCAGACUGUUCUCCAUCGGUGGUCUUCAGAGAGAGAUCUUCAGCCUUUCAGGACCUGUGGUCUGCAUGGCUGGACAUGGAGAGCAGCUGCUCAUAGUAUACCAUCGAGGCACGGGCUUCGACGGCAAUCAGUCUCUGGGCGUCCAGCUCCUGCAACUGAGUCAGAAGAAGAGGCAGCUCAUCAACGGUGAACCUCUCCCACUCUCACUCAAAUCCUACCUCUCCUGGCUUGGAUUCACUGCAGAAGGUACCCCCUGCUACGUGGAUUCAGACGGCGUGGUGCGGAUGCUCAACCGUUUACUAGGAAACACCUGGACACCGGUGUGUAACACCAGAGACACCUGCAAGAGUAAAUCCGAUCAUUACUGGGUGGUUGGAGUGCACGAGAACCCUCAGCAGCUCAGGUGUAUUCCAUGUAAAGGCUCCAGGUACCCCCCCACCCUGCCCAGACCUGCUGUGGCCAUCCUGCCAUUCAAGCUUCCCCUGUGUCAGACGGCCACAGAGAAAGGACAGUUGGAGGAGCAGUUCUUGCGUUCGCUCCUCUUCCACAACCACUACAGCUUCCUCUCCUCCAGUGGAUAUGAGAUUGAUGAGGAAGGACAGACUAAUUCCCAGAAGGAGCAACAAGAGCUGCUGAUGAAGAUGUUUGCUUUGUCCUGUAAGUUAGAGAGGGAGUUUCGCUCUGUGGAGUUGGCGGAGAUGAUGACACAGAACGUGGUGACUCUGGCCAUUCGAUAUGCCUCCAGGUCCAGACGCAUGGCUUUGGCCCAGAGACUCAGUGAGAUCGCAUUAGAAAAAGCCAAUCAGGCCCAGGAAGAUGAGCCUGAGGAGCAGGAGGAGGAGCCAGAACGCCCCAGUGUUAGACGGCCUUCCGGGUUCAGCCAGACUGAAGUCACAGAAAGACAUUACAGUAACAGAUAUAAUCAGGAGGAAGAGGAGGACCAGGGAGAGGAAGUCUGUGAAGAGGACGAGGUGCAGGAGAUGGAGACAGAGGAGACGGCAGGAAUCAGAAAACGGAGCAAUCCAUUUGCUAAAGAUUCAGCUUCUCUCGUGACACCAUCGCUGACACCAGUCACUAAAGUUGGGCGUGCAAAUCCCUUCAAGCUGCCUGGAUCUGGGAAACCAUCGCCCUCUUCUGUUCAACCUCGACUCACCAACAUCCUGGACAACAUGACAUCAGGCAGGAAGUCAACGCCGCAAAGUGGAUCAGCAGGCAAAUCCAACAAAAUUCCAGUCCUCAAACCUUUGGCCCUCAAACCUAAGUCAAAGGCUCAGUCCACACUACUCCAGAUGACUGGAGCAGCCAGUAAAAAGAAUCAGGGGAAUACAGAACCUGCUGUCGAUCAACAGAAACAACCGGAGGCCACGCCUCCAGCCUCGACCACUGAGGAAAAUAAGAGGCCAAAAACAGGCUUUCAGCUGUGGCUGGAGGAAAACCGGAAGAACAUCAUGGCUGACCAGCCUGACAUUCAGGAGACGGACAUCAUCAGAGAGGCAAUGGGGCGAUUCAGGACGCUGUCAGCAGAGGAGAGACUGUCGUGGACGGAAAGAGCAAAAGGCCAGACAGGAGAUGCAGCAGAUGUGAAGAAGAGGAAAAGAGCAACAGGAGGAGGAGAAGAUGUAGAAAAUGAAGAUGUACAGACAGACUCUGACCAAAACGGUGCCAAAAAGAAAAAGUCCUUAGACUCCUCCUCCAAACUCUCAGCUUUUGCGUUUAACAAAAAUUAAUUUUUAUGUGUGGGUAUGUCGAGUAUUCAUUCGUGUGAAAACAAGAAACUGGACAUGUUGUGAUGGUGACGAGAUGGGAAAUAAGAGACAGAAUAACUUUCAUUAACGUUUUUGUAAAACCUUGUUUUGGAAGAGCUCACUGGUUUUUUUAUAUAUAAAUAUGUAUGAAUAAAUGUAAAUGUUUGAAGAUGA